AAAUGAAUAUGUCAACUCGACUGAGAGACGUGCUUGCUGCGACUUUUGUAGUGAUUUGCCUGUGCCAUAGCUGUGCAGGAAAGCGCAACUGGGACUAUGAACCCAUUUCUGUACACUUUGUAACUUCGGAUGCCAGCAAAAUAAAUGUGAUUUCCGAAGUCGUGCGUGUGAGUCGAUACGAAUAUGCCAUAUCAGGCAAUUUAACAGUCACUGAAGAUUUGGAUGAGACAACGAUGAUUGAGGCGAUUUGCUAUCGUAGUAAAUCAGGUGCCGAGGACGACUAUUCGAUUCUACCCUUCUCCAUACCUAAUCAGCCUCUCGAAGACUUCACUAAGAGCUACUACAAGGAUAUUCUAUAUAAGAGUUUGAAACACUGCUCGAAUGUCCCGCCACCCGAGGAGGCCUAUCCAUGGCCCAAGGGUGUCGUAACAUUUGAUAUGUGUUCGGCAACUGGCGAAGGUUUGCCUGAAUAUCUACCCGAAGGCUACUAUAAAAUUAUCUUCAAUCUCCGAGGAGGGGUCGAAAUUGCUUACACUGGCAUUGUAAAGUUGACCACCAAAUUGUUUUGAAUGGUUCAAAGACGUGUAAGAAUAAUAUGAGAUAUAUCUUCAUAUGACUCCUUAUUGAAGCUGAAUAAAAUUG